GCCUUAAGGGUGGCGGCGGCCCGGGGCGGCCCAGUCGGCCUGUCAGCCGGCUUCGUGGCACGCUGAGGCGCUAUCGGGGCGGCGGCGGCUAUGGCGGCAGAGGAGGACGAGGUGGACUCGGCGGAUACCUGCGAGAGGUCAGGAUGGCUAACUGGCUGGCUUCCUACAUGGUGCCCUACAUCUACAUCACACCUUAAAGAAGCUGAAGAGAAAAUUUUAAAAUGUGUCCCCUGCACAUACAAAAAAGAAUCUGUUCGCAUAUCUAAUGGAAAUAAAAUAUGGACACUGAAGUUUUCUCAUAAUAUUGCAAAUAAGACUCCACUUGUCCUCCUCCAUGGUUUUGGAGGAGGUCUUGGACUCUGGGCACUGAAUUUUGGAGAUCUUUGCACCAAUAGGCCUGUCUAUGCUUUUGACUUACUGGGCUUUGGACGAAGUAGUAGACCCAAGUUUGACAGUGAUGCAGAAGAAGUGGAGAAUCAGUUUGUGGAAUCCAUUGAAGAGUGGAGAUGUGCCCUAGGAUUGAACAAAGUGAUCUUGCUUGGGCACAACCUGGGUGGGUUCUUGGCUGCUGCUUACUCACUGAAGUACCCAUCAAGGGUUAAUCAUCUCAUUUUAGUGGAGCCUUGGGGUUUUCCUGAGAGACCUGACCUUGCAGAUCAAGACAGACCAAUUCCAGUUUGGAUCAGAAUCUUGGGAGCAGCAUUGAGUCCCUUUAACCCUUUAGCUGGCCUUAGGAUUGCAGGACCUUUUGGUUUAAGUCUAGUGCAGCGUUUAAGGCCUGAUUUCAAACGGAAGUAUUCUUCAAUGUUUGAAGAUGAUACUGUGACAGAAUACAUCUACCACUGUAAUGUACAGACUCCAAGUGGUGAGACAGCUUUCAAGAAUAUGACUAUUCCUUAUGGAUGGGCAAAAAGGCCAAUGCUUCAGCGAAUUGGUAAAAUGCAUCCGGACAUUCCAGUUUCAGUGAUCUUCGGCGCCCGAUCCUGUAUAGAUGGCAAUUCUGGCACAAGCAUCCAGUCACUACGACCACAUUCAUAUGUGAAGACGAUAGCUAUUCUUGGGGCAGGGCAUUAUGUAUAUGCAGAUCAACCAGAAGAGUUCAAUCAGAAGGUGAAGGAGAUCUGUGACACUGUGGACUGAACACACUGAAGCCAUUGUGAAAAAACCUGGUGAUUGAUACAGUUAUGCAGCAAUAAUUCCUAGUCUACAAUGAAGAGUAAGGAAUCAAAUAUAAGAACUAGGCAGUCUACUUGACUGUACUUUGCACAUAUUUUCUUUAUGAAGUUGCUUGCACAUUUAAACCAGUUAGUGCCUUCUAGAAGAAAGGCUUUCCUUUCUCCUACACGAAAUUGAAAUACAUGAGAGUCUCCAAAUUUGAUAGCUUUAAAUAAAAGGUUAUCUGUC